AUGGGAGAAUCAUUGAAAGCGGACAAUGAAGCACGAAAGGUCGCCAUAGUCACAGGCGCUGCGUCCGGGAUCGGAAAAGCUCUUGCCACGCAUCGAAUUCAUAAGGGCUGGAGAGUGGCUUGCUGCGACAUCCAGGAGGAUGCCGGUGCUGCACUAGUCGCGGAGCUUGGAAGCAAUGCUAUCUUUUUCAAGCUCGAUGUCACAGACUAUGAUGAGCAAGCCAAGGUCUUCAGUCAGGUUUGGGAUAAGUGGAAGAGGCUAGAUGCUCUUCUGGCAAAUGCAGGCCACUCAGACAGGGGCUCAAUUUAUAUUCUAAAUCACCGAGGGAAAACAGAAAUACCACCUAAGCCUGCCCUUUUAUCCCUAAAGGCCUGUUACGAAAGCUUUCUCUACGGGGUCCAACUGGCGAUUCACUUCAUGAGAAUGAAUGAUGUACCUGGAGGACAAAUCAUUGCGACAUCGACAAUCGCCUCGAUUCAUCCGCACCAAACAUUCCCAGAAUACUGUGGUGCAAAAGCUGCUAUCAAUCAGUUCGUGCGAACAGCAGCACCGAUUCUGAAAAUGAAAGAUCAUAUUACCUUGAACGCCGUACUUCCAGGUAUUGUGGCGACUGGGGCUGUUCCUCAAGCUUCUCUCGACGCCACCGAUCCAGGGCACCUCACGGCAGUUGGAACCGUUGUGGAAGCCUAUGAUAAGUGUCUAACGCAACCAAACAUAAAUGGGCAACUCAUUGAGUGCUCAGUUGAUAAGCAUAUAUUCCUUUCCUCACCAGAACUAGGGAAUGGAGAUGCGACAAAGAGAGCCUGUACGGUCUGGGAACCUCUAUUUGAGCAGAAGCAUGGCGAGAAAUCAGGGUUGCCGGGAGCUAUUCUGUAA